CUCAAGUUUUCAAGAACAUGGAACCGCAGAACAGCUCAUCAUGUACUCCUCCUUUAUGCGCCAGAGGCUGCGGCUUCUAUGGGACAGCAGAGAACCGUAACAUGUGCUCGAAGUGCUACAAUGACUAUCUCAAACAAGAACUAAUUGAUAAAAAAGCUGCUUCAAUCUGUGCUUCGGUUAGCUCGGACAAAAAGAUCGACACCACUAAUCAAUCUGUGCCAACUUGUAUUGACGGUGAACGAGGGAGUAGUGCAACAAAGAUUGCUCCGUGUUCGUCUUCGUCUUCGUCUUCGUCUUCAUCUCCAACCGUGAAGAACAGAUGCCGGAGUUGCAACAAGAAGGUGGGUCUGACAGGAUUUGCAUGCCGCUGUGGGAAGGUCUUUUGUGGGAUGCACCGAUACUCUGACGAGCACCGUUGCACCUUUGAUUACAAGGAGUUUGAUCGCCAGAUUUUGGUUAAGCACAAUCCAGUGAUAAGGGGUGAUAAACUAGAUGACAGGGUCUGAUUAGGGACACAUAUUUGUCUUCUUUGAUUUUACGUUUGAUGCUCAUGUACACGGUUUCAGUCGCUGUGUUUAACCAAACUCUGCUUCUGAAAUUCCAGGAUACUUUCUUCUCAUUGUUUUAGUAAAUUUUUUAAAAUUAUCAAUGGUAUUAUUAUAUUAUAUUUUAAUCUUCUAAA